UAUGUCAGCUUCUAAAUUGAUGUACUCUUCUCCUGGACCUAAGAGUUAAUCUGCUGUUUCAUAUGCAGGUGGUGAUAGAGAUAGGGCACUUUCUCCAAGCAGAGCUAAGAUCUCAUAAUUAACUGAAAAACUCUCUAACCUAUAACAUUCUAUUAAUGAAGACUAAGCAGUAUUUUCUUAUAUCUAUCAUUUUUAUUUAGUUCAAGAAAGAAACAUUUGAGUAAAAAGUCAAAAUCUUAGAGGAUAAAGUUACUAAAUAAUAAUAGAGUGAUGAAUCAAAAUUCAAGUUACUGAAGGAAUAAUUAUCAAAGGUAGAGGAAGGGGCAUAAAAUGAAAAAAUAAUUAGAGAGGUAUAUUUAAAAUAGAUAAUCAAUAGAGUGGUGAUGAGAAAUUAAGAACAAAGGAUUUAAAGGGAUUAGAGGCUUAUUUAAGCAAAGAAUUACAAGGAGAGAAAGUUAAUAGAAAAGAAUAUGAAUAAAAGAUCAUUAAAAAUACUGAUGAUAGAGUCUAUAGUUUAAGAUUGGAUCUAGCUAGAUAAAAGAAAUAUAGAGAAGAAACAGAAGAAAAGAAUGCUUAAGAAAUAGGCGAUCGAGUUUUAUAAUUAUAAGAAGAAGUUGAAGAAGAGAGAAGAUAGAGGUAUAUAAAUUAAUAUAUAUAUAAUUUAGAGAAGAAUAGAAUUAAUAAACUAUCAAGAGAUUAGGUGAUUCAAUAUUGAAAUUAUAAGAAAUCUUAACAACUGAAAAAAAAUAGAGAGAAAUUGCUUAAGCUUAGAUGUUUAGAAUGUUAGAUGAGAUGAAUGGAUAUUUGAAUAGUGAAUUAAAUGCUGAAAAAAAUGAGAGGGAAGCUACUGAAGAAACUAUCAUAAAUCUUAUUGAUUAAACUUGUAAUAGAGUGGAGAAUUCAUUAAGAAAAUGA